UGAGAGGAUUCAGUGUGCGGUGACUCGGACGGAGUCGGCUUUACUGUCGGGAAACGAGCUCAAUCAUUAAGUUAAAGUCUUUUUUUUUUUAAAACACUCAAUUAGCGUGUUGAAAUUUAUCUUACCUCUGGAUGUUACUUCGCCAAAUACGCGUCGUAUGAGGUGUGUUUUACAGCGGUUGUGGUGAGUGGAUUUGUUGGAGAGCUGCGUAAACUGGAGUUACGGGAAGCGAAGGAGAUUUUCUCGGCCCUGGUUUUCAUGAACGGACCCCUUACAACUUACUAAAGUUCGCAGAUAUACUUCAGCUGCGCUCUAUUUUCACCAUUCCCCGGUUCGAGUUACUCUGUGAGAUUCACAGGAUAAGGCCUCACACAGAUGGGAAGAGUGUGUAUAAAGCACCUUGAAGGUGCACCCAAUCAUUGGACUAUUAGUUUUACGUAAUCCACUCAUCCUUAGAGAAUACAGUGUGUAUGAUGUUAAUAAAGGCUUAAAGUCAUAGGGAGAAAAAACAACAACUUUUUUUUACUCUUGCCUCACAUCCAAAUAUUGGUUCAAAGAACCUUUGUAAAUGAUCAUUAUCAUUUUUGUGACACCAAAAGUUUGAGACGACACCAUCAAAAUGAGUGCAGAAGGAUAUCAGUACAGAGCGCUGUAUGACUAUAAGAAAGAGAGGGAGGAGGAUAUUGACCUGCAUGUAGGGGACAUUCUUACAGUCAAUAAAGGUGCACUACUCACAGUUGGUUACACUGAGGGGAUGGAGGAGAGACCAGAUGAAAUCGGAUGGCUGCCUGGCUUUAAUGAAACUACUCAGGAAAAGGGGGACUUUCCUGGUACGUACGUGGAGUUCAUCGGCAAGAAAAAGAUUUCUCCACCAACUCCCAAACCAAGACCCCAAAGGCCUUUACCGGUGGCCCCAGGGCCCUCAAGGCCAGACUCGGACUCUGAGCAAAGCUCGAGCGCUCUGGUUGACCUGACGGAGCAGUUCACACCUCCAGAGGUAGCACCGCCCAUGCUUCUCAAGCUCCUUGAGGCCAUCGAGCGGAAAGGUCUAGACAACCCUACACUCUACAGAAACUUCACUGCUGGAGGAGGGCUGGAUAUCAGACAGUGCUUUGAUAGUGACCCUGCCUCGGUGGAUCUUGAGCAGAUGGACCUUCAGAUGUUGUGUGAUGGUCUGAGGAGGUAUCUUCAAGAUCUAGCUCAGCCUGUCAUCCCCUCUGUGGUCUACAGCGAGAUGAUACGCAUUGCUCAAGCACUACCUCCCAAGCCACCCAAACCAACGUCUGUCACUAACAAUGGUAUGAACAACAACAUGGCUCUGCAAGACGCUGAAUGGUACUGGGGGGACAUCUCCAGGGAGGAGGUCAACGAAAAGCUUAGGGACACUGCUGAUGGUACAUUUUUGGUCCGAGAUGCCUCCACUAAAAUGCAUGGGGAUUACACACUGACAUUGAGGAAAGGAGGUAACAACAAGCUGAUCAAAAUAUUCCAUCGUGAUGGAAAAUACGGCUUUUCAGACCCCCUAACCUUCAACUCUGUGGUUGAGUUGAUCAACCACUAUCGGCACGAGUCUCUCGCCCAGUACAACCCCAAACUAGAUGUGAAACUACUGUAUCCUGUUUCCAAGCACCAACAGGAUCAGGUGGUAAAGGAGGACAAUAUAGAAGCUGUUGGGAAGAAGUUGCACGAAUACCACCAGCAGUACCAAGAAAAGAACAGAGAGUAUGACCGACUCUAUGAGGAAUACACUAGAACAUCACAGGAAAUACAAAUGAAAAGGACUGCUAUUGAAGCUUUUAAUGAGACCAUAAAGAUCUUUGAAGAGCAGUGCCAGACGCAAGAAAGGUACAGCAAAGAAUAUAUUGAGAAGUUCAGGAGAGAAGGCAAUGAGAAGGAAAUCCAAAGGAUAAUGGUCAACUAUGAGAAGUUAAAAUCGCGCAUCAGUGAAAUUGUGGACAGCAAACGUCGUCUUGAGGAAGAUCUGAAGAAGCAAGCGGCGGACUACAGAGAGAUCGACAAGCGGAUGAACAGCAUUAAACCUGACCUCAUCCAGCUCAGAAAGACCAGGGAUCAGUACCUCAUGUGGUUGACACAGAAAGGGGUCCGACAGAAGAAACUCAACGAAUGGUUGGGAAUCAAAAACGACAACCAGGACGAUCAAUACUCAAUGGUGGAUGACGAUGAAGAUUUGCCACACCAUGACGAACGCUCCUGGAAGCUGGGUAACAUUAACCGCAUCCAGGCAGAGGCCCUGCUGCGGGGCAAGAGAGACGGAACAUUCCUGGUCAGGGACAGCAGCAAAGCUGGAUGUUACGCCUGUAGUGUUGUUGUGGAUGGUGAGGUCAAGCACUGCGUCAUCAACAAGACACCCACAGGAUAUGGCUUCGCUGAGCCCUACAACCUUUACAGCUCUCUGAAAGAACUGGUCUUGCACUACCAGCAUACGUCCCUGGUUCAGCACAAUGACUCUUUGAAUGUCACGUUAGCAUACCCAGUCUACGCACAUCAGAGGCGGUGAGGACUCGUGAACACACCCUUGGGACUCGUUACAAACACGGGAGUUGAGAAAGGGCCUCCCCUCGAAUGGAGACGCCUCCAGUAAGACCGCUACCGAGGGCUGCUUUUUGCCUUGAAACGACCAUGUCGGAAAGCCAAGAAAGCAAAACCCAAAACGAACAUUUCAGCCACUGAGACUUUUGCCAGUCUGAAUGUAGUUUUCUUUGAGCGGAAACUGCUAAAAUUGAACUCUCUCUCCCAAAAUGGAGGACUUCGGAGGCCUUUUCCAAAUGGUGCUUGUUCAUUUCAUAGCUUUACCCGCUGCUGGAAUGUGGAACAUUGAUUAAACCUCUAGAGUGCAUCUUUUUUUACCUCUUCUACCCCCCCCAACCUGCUGUGUGUGUGUGUGUGUGUGUGUGUGUGUGUGUGUGUGUGUGUGUGUGUGUGUGUGUGUGUGUGUGUGUGUGUGUGUGUGUGUGUGUGCGCGCGCGCGCGCGCGAACGAGAGAAUGUGACCAAAACUCAAACUAUCUGAAAGCUAUCGGGAUGUCCGACAUGUUUCAUUUUCAUGAACAGACCGUGGAAUCAGCUGAUCAAAUGUAGCAAGAUGGCACUUUCGAAACAGUAUCUACUUCUUUUCCUGUAAGAGACUCCUACACAAACAUUGAUAUGACACGUCUCGCCUGAGAGGAGCAGCGCGACGAGAAGCAAACGAGAUGCUUGGCAUUUCUUUUGUGAGCAUUAUAGUGACAGACUCUAAAUCCAUUUCUGCUUUAUGGACUGGCAGUAAAGGAACUGAAACGGACUUCACGCUGUACAUACAGAUAGCAUCAAAAGCUACGUGUCAAAACCAUAUUGUACCAAAAACGCAGUUCCUUCUCAGUUGUAUUCUAAUCUGCUAUGCAAAUUCUGUAUUUUCCAUCUUCUCUGCAGAGUUGUGAUUUUAUUUUACAUGUUGCUACCCAUAAUAUAAACUUGUUUUUAUUGCAUAAAGUCUUUUUUUAUGUAUCUAAGAGGAUAUUUUAGGUGUCAAAGCACCAAGAAGGGUGGCUUCAGUUUUACAGAAGAAGUGUGGAAAAAGUACUUUAUUACAUAUUUCUUUAUCAGCCGCUAGUAAAACUUAAGCGAGAGUAUUUUAUUAGUCUUUUUCACUUGGAGCUGAUUUUCUCUUGGGCAGAGCCUGGAGGACAUUAGUGCUGCUUCUGUCUACAGUAAUGGUGAUGUAUAUCUGAACAUUUUCACUAGAACAAACAUAAACGAAUAAACAAUGACAUUUGAAAUAACUGCAAUUGAAUGAUUAAUGUCAUGACAACAUAAUACUGCAGGUUCCUAAUCCAGUAUAGAGGUUUAUUUUGUGAUAUCUUUCCCAUAAUCGAAAGCGUUUCGAUUUGAUCCUCUGGAAUGAUGAAAAAAAAAAAAAAACAUUAAUUUCGGUGACAUAACUCCCUCUCAUUCCUUGUCAACAUAGUAUUUUUUCUGUAUCAGAAAAUCCUUAAUAGUGUUUACAUAGAUGGAUCAACUCAGUUCGACUAGUACCCAACGUUCUAGUUUGCACCACAUUCUCUUAAACAAAAAAGUUUAUUACUUGGAUGCAACAAAGUUAGGGGAACCUACCAGCUUGACAUUCAAAGCUCGCUACAGUAUUUCUGAUUUUAUCAUCACUGACAUCAGUAUUGCUUUUGCCUUCCCCUCUCAUCUGCAUUGCAGUUACACUUGACAAAUGCAAAUUUGCAUUUGAUGUUCCGCAUAAAUAAACAUCAAUGUGACCACAUUAAUUAAUGUUAUUUUUCAUGUAACUUUUGUUGGUCAACUCUGUUCCUAUAUUUUGAAUUUGUUUGACUCCUUAUUUUAACUAGGCCUGAUUGCCUUAAAAUUAGUCAGUUAUGUAUUUUUUAAGCAGAGAGUACUGCUGAAUUUCACCGUUUUGUAAGUAUAUAUUUGCUCUUUAAUGUAAGAUUUUCAAGAGGAAUGGUAGUUUUUCUGCUACAUCUAUACGCACAAUUGUCCUAUACUAUUAUGAUUAGCAUAAAGUUCUCAAAUGAUACGAUGGGCUCUCUCUGAGUCCCCUUCUUACUGAGUAAACUAGCACAUGGUUUGAAGUAAAUAUUUGAACAUCACAGGCCAAUUCAUUUCAAACUUGUACUGCUUGUGAUUUUGAAAGUCUUGAGAAUCAAGAAUCAGGAAGUUUACAUGUUCUAAUUCUUAGAUUACAUUUUUUUUUUAACCAUUUUUUUUUUAUUGAAUCUCUGCAAAUGUCACUCUAAACCCAUACUUAAUUACAAU